UCUCUUAGCCCCCUCCCUCUGGAGGGGCCCCCUGCCCACCGUAGCCUCUGGUCUUCCAGCUCCAAAGACACCUGGAGGACACAGGGAGUGUCCCUGCUGUGGGCCGGGCGGCUUGGGGAUCAGCUGAGCAGCCCCCAGGCCUGCUUGGCAUGACCCCCCCAGUCUCCCACCUCCACUGCUGGGCCUCACUUCCGCCGCGGGGGUGCCGAGCGUGGCCGCCAGAUAAGCAGAGCUGCUUCCUCUGGGGAAGGAAGGGCGGUUGGGGCCACGGGUGCAGCGAGCUCACGCUGCUGGGGCAGCUGAGUGCCAAUGGACCUCAGCCACGGCAGGCCAGGGGAUGAGGAGGGUGGCCCAGGGGCUGGGCUCCCAGGAGGCCUGCUGCGGGAACAGCUCGAGCCUCCAUCCCACCACCUCUCCCCUGAGGAGCGGGCCCUGCUCUACGAGGAAGCUCUCUACACUGUCCUGCACCGCCUGGGUCAGCCUGAGCCCAGCCAUGUGCGGGAGGCCUCUGAGCUGCUGCAGUACCUGCAGGAGGCCUUCCACAUGGAGCCCGAGGAGCACCAGCAGAUGCUGCAGCAGGUCCAGAAGCUUGAGAAGCCAGUAUUUUGUCUGAAGGCAACUGUGAAACAAGCUAAGGGCAUUCUGGGCAAAGAUGUCAGCGGAUUCAGUGACCCCUACUGCUUGCUGGGCAUCGAGCAGGGGGUGGGCAUGCAGGGGGGCAGCCCUGGGUCCCGCCAUCGGCAGAAGGCCGUGGUGAAGCACACCAUCCCGGAGGAGCAGACCCACCGCACCCAGGUCAUCGCCCAGACACUCAAUCCAGUCUGGGAGGAGACCUUCAUCCUGGAGUUUGAGGACAUAAGCAACUCGAGCUUCCAUCUGGACAUGUGGGAUAUGGAUACCGUGGAGUCUGUCAGACAGAAGCUCGGGGAGCUCACAGAUCUGCACGGGCUGCGAAGGAUCUUUAAGGAGGCACGGAAGGACAAAGGCCAGGACGAUUUUCUGGGGAACGUGGUUGUGAGGCUACAGGACCUGCGCUGCCGGGAGGAUCAGUGGUACCCUCUGGAGCCCUGCACCGAGACCUACCCAGACCGCGGUCAGUGCCACCUCCAGUUCCAGCUCAUUCACAAGCGGAGAGCCCCGGCAGCCAGCCGCUCCCAGCCCAGCUAUACGGUGCACCUCCACCUGCUCCAGCAGCUGGUGUCCCAUGAGGUCACCCGGCACCAGGCAGGCAGUACCUCCUGGGACGGGUCGCUGAGUCCCCAGGCUGCCACCAUCCUCUUUCUCCAUGCCACGCAGAAGGACCUAUCUGACUUCCACCAGUCCUUGGCGCAGUGGCUGGCUUAUAGCCGCCUCUACCAGAGCCUGGAGUUCCCGAGCAGCUGCCUCCUGCACCCCAUCACCAGCAUCGAGUACCAGUGGAUCCAGGGCCGGCUCAAGGGGGAACAGCUGGAGGAGCUGACCGCCUCGUUCAGCAAGCUGCUGGCCUACGGCCUCUCACUCCUCCGCAAGUUCCGGUCGGUUUUCCCCCUCUCUGUGCCCGACUCCCCGGCCCGGCUGCAGUCUCUGCUCAGGGUCCUGGUACAGAUGUGCAAGAUGAAGGCCUUCAGAGAGCUGUGCCCUGACAGCGCCCCACUGCCCCGCCUGGUGACCGAGACGCUGAGGACUGGCACGGUCGAGUGGUUCCACCUGAAGCAACAGCACCAUCAGCCCAUGGUGCAGGGCAUGCUGGAGGCGGGCAAAGCCCUGCUGAGCCUGGUACAGGACAUCAUAGGUGACCUACACCAGUGCCAGCACACGUGGAACAAGAUCUUCCAGAACACCCUCAAGGUCGAUCUCUUCUCCAUGGCUUUCCUGGAGCUGCAAUGGCUGGUGGCCAAGCGGGUGCAGGACCACACGGCGGUGGUGGCAGGCAGCCCCGUGUCCCCAGAGAUGGGCGAGAGUCUAUUCCAGCUCUAUGUCAGCCUCAAGGAGCUCUGCCAGCUGGGCCCGGGCCCUGCAGAGAGGGAUGGAGUCCUGGCCCUGGAUGGCUUUCACCGCUGGUUCCGGCCCGCCAUCCCCUCCUGGCUGCAGAAGACUUACAGUGUGGCCCUGGCGCGGGUGCAGCGCGCUGUGCAGAUGGACGAGCUGGUGCCCCUGAGUGAACUGACCAAGCAUAGCACAUCAGCUGUGGAUCUGUCCACCUGCUUCGCCCAGAUCAGCCAUACUGCCCGGCAGCUGGACUGGCCGGACCCAGAGGAGGCCUUCAUGAUCACCGUCAAGUUUGUGGAGUGCCCCCCCCAUCGGGCUCCCGCUGCAUUGAUCAUCCUCUCCCCACCCCAGGACACCUGUCGGCUGGCUCUGGUAUACUGCAGCCUUAUAAAGGCCCGGGCCCGUGAGCUCUCUGCAGGCCAGAAGGACCAGGGCCAGGCAGCCAACAUGCUGUGCGUGGUGGUGAAUGACAUGGAGCAGCUGCGGCUGGUGAUCGGCAAGCUGCCCACUCAGCUGGCCUGGGAGGCUCUGGAACAGCGAGUAGGGGCCGUGCUGGAGCAGGGCCAGCUGCAGAACACGCUGCACGCCCAACUGCAGGGUGCGCUGGCUGGGCUGGGCCAUGAGAUCCGCACAGGCGUCCGCACCCUGGCCGAGCAGCUGGAGGUGGGCAUUGCCAAGCACAUCCAGAAACUCGUGGGCGUCAAGGAGUCUGUCCUGCCUGAGGAUGCCAUUCUGCCCCUGAUGAAGUUUCUGGAGGUGAAGCUCUGCUACCUGAAUACCAACUUGGUGCAGGAGAACUUCAGCAGCCUCCUGACCCUGCUCUGGACCCACACGCUCACCGUGCUGAUGGAGGUGGCUGCCUCCCAGCGGAGCUGCCCCCUGGCCUCCAGCAGGCUGAAGAUUGCAUUGCAGAAUCUGGAGAUCUGCUUCUACGCAGAGGGCUGUGGCCUACCACCCGCAGCGCUGCACACAGACACCUUCCAGGCUCUGCAGAGGGACCUGGAGCUGCAGGCCGCUUCCAGCCGGGAGCUCAUCCAGAAGUACUUCUGCAGCCGCAUCCAGCAGCAGGCGGAAACUGCCUCUGAAGAGCUGGGGGCUGUCACAGUCAAGGCUUCCUACCGCACCUCUGAGCAGAAGCUGCGUGUGGAACUGCUCAGCGCCUCCAGCCUGCUGCCCCUGGACUCCAACGGCUCCAGCGAUCCCUUUGUCCAGCUGACCUUGGAGCCCAGGCACGAGUUCCCUGAGCUGGCCCCCCGGGAGACCCAAAAGCACAAGAAGGACCUUCACCCCCUGUUUGAUGAAACCUUUGAAUUCCUGGUGCCUGCUGAGCCAUGCCAGAGGGACGGAGCGUGCCUCCUGCUCACAGUGCUGGACCACGACACGCUGGGGGCUGACGACUUGGAAGGGGAGGCCUUUCUGCCCCUGCGCUCCGUGCCGGGCCUGACUGGGACCGAGGAGCCUGGCGAGGUGCCUCAGACGCGCCUGCCCCUCACCUACCCUGCACUCAACGGGGAUCCCAUCCUGCAGCUGUUGGAGAGCCGGAAGGGUGACCGGGAGGCCCAGGUGUUUGUGAGGCUGCGGCGGCAGCGAGCCAAGCAGGCCUCCCAGCAUGCCCCAAGGCCAGGGCAGUAGAGUUUUAAGUGCCAGUAGCAGUGGAGGUUAGGGAUGGGGUUGGGUGCCCGGUAGGGACGGGCUUUCCUGAAAGGUCUGGGUUCUCCCUACCAUAGUGCAAGCCCUCCAGCCUGGCCUAAUGCUCCAGAAGGGCCCUGCAAACCUGGGGAACCCCAGCGUGUGGAAGGCCCAGCGUGAAGAUCCCGUCUGGUCCUCCUGCCAGAGCAGGGACCCAUGGUGCUGGUGCCAGGACCCUAUUAGUAUUUAUAUUCCCUUCUUCCUGCCUUCAGCCCUGGCCUCAGCAUUCUCUACCGAAUCUCAGCACCAGGGGGAGGGUGCGGCUGUCUGCGGCUCCCGCCCCUGCUUCCCUCUUUGGGGGAAGCUGCUCUGGCAGAGACCUCUCGGCCACCUGUUUCUGGCACGCCUAUUUCCAGUCACUGGGGUGGAGGUUAGGCUCCCACGGGCCUGUUCUUUAGCACCCCUACCUUGGUUCACUAGGGCCAGGGCUAUGGCACAAAGCCUCCUGGGGGAGGGAGGGAGGGGACCCUGCCAGAGACGAGGCUACAGCUGCCCUGGUGGGGAGGGCAGCAGCUCUAAUGAAGGGAGCCUGGCUCCUCUCCUGAGGUGGCUGCCAGUGCCCAGGCUAAGGAGCCUGGAGCCAAGGAGCUUCUGGCUCGGAAGAGGUGAAAGCUGGCAGGCAGUGGGGCUGGCAUGGAGGGGCAGAAGCAGAAAAGACAGCUUGGCCAGCCGUGUCUACUGAGGAUACCUCCUCCCUGAGACGGUACCUGCCACUUAGGAACUUUCUUAGCAAAAAUAAAAAAAGAAAAACAAUU